UUUCCCAGAUGCUGAAUAACGUUGGCUGGCAACGUUUACCUGCAGGAACUCAAAGCAGGAGGGAAAUAAGUGAAUGUAACCACCGAUAGCUUCAGCAUGAGAUGAAAACAGCGUCUCCUGGUGAUUCAAGGAGCUUUACUAUAUGAGAAUGCAAAGGGGGAGAGGAAAGAUGGACAGGAAAAGGACAGAAGAGCAGAAUCAGUGUGGGAAGAGGCUGAGGGUGUGUGUGGCAACAUGCAACAGAGCGGACUACUCCAAGCUGGCCCCCAUCAUGUUUGGGCUCAAAUCCCGCCCUGAUGAGUUUGAACUGGAAGUUGUCGUGCUUGGCUCCCACCUCAUUGAUGACUACGGGAACACGUUUCGUAUGAUCGAGCAGGAUGACUUUGACAUCAGCUCGAAGCUCCACACCAUUGUGAGAGGAGAGGAUGAGGCAGCUAUGGUGGAGAGCGUCGGGCUAGCACUUGUGAAACUCCCUGAUGUCCUACAGAGGUUGCGCCCAGACAUCCUGGUGGUGCAUGGUGACCGUUUCGACGCGCUGGCUCUAGCAACUGCUGCGGCGCUGAUGAACAUUAGAAUACUUCACCUAGAGGGAGGAGAGGUGAGUGGCACAAUCGAUGACUCAAUCCGCCACGCCAUCAGUAAACUGGCCCAUUACCACGCCUGCUGCACGCGCAUGGCAGAGCAGCACCUUAUUGCCAUGUGUGAGGACCACUCUCGCAUCCUGCUGGCUGGCUGCCCUUCAUAUGAUAAGCUGCUGUCGAGUCACCACAGAGAGGACUACAUGGAUAUCAUCAAAAGCUGGCUGGGUGACAAGGUGCAGAAGUGUGACUAUAUUGUGGCUUUGCAGCACCCAGUUACCACUGACAUCCAGCACUCCAUUAAGAUCUACGGGCUCAUGCUGGAUGCCCUGCUGUCCUUUAACAAAACGACCCUCAUCCUCUUCCCUAACAUUGAUGCCGGAAGUAAGGAGAUGGUGCGUGUGAUGCGAAAGAAGGGCAUUGAGCAGCACCCCAACUUCCGGGCAGUGAAGCACAUUCCCUUUGACCAGUUCAUCCAGCUAGUGUGCCACGCCGGCUGCAUGAUUGGAAACAGCAGCUGUGGGGUGCGAGAGGCCGGGGCCUUCGGCACACCUGUUAUUAAUCUGGGAACAAGGCAAACUGGCAGAGAAACCGGUGAAAAUGUUUUGCAUGUGAGAGAUGCGGACAGUCAGGAUAAGAUCUACCACGCUCUGGAGCUGCAGUUUGGAAAGAGAUACCCCUGCUCUAAGAUAUAUGGUGAUGGCAAUGCAGUUUCUCGUAUUCUGAAUUUUUUACAUACCAUUGACCUGGAUGAGCCCCUCCAGAAGACAUUCUGUUUCCCCCCAGUGAAAGACUCCAUCUCCCAGGACAUUGAUCACAUCCUGGAGACACAGAGUGCUUUAUCUAUUGAUCUGGGAGGAACCAACCUCAGAGUGGCCAUCGUCUGCAUGAGGGGUAACAUAGUAAAGAAGUAUACUCAGGCCAAUCCAAAGACCUUCGAGUCCAGGAUGCAGCUCAUACUAAAGAUGUGUGCAGAUGCCAUGCAGGAUGCAGUCGGCCAUAACUGUAGAAUACUUGGCGUCGGAGUGUCCACAGGCGGGCGCGUAAACCCACAAGAAGGCGUGGUCCUACACUCCACAAAGCUGAUCCAGGAGUGGUCCUCGGUGGACCUGAGAACACCCAUCUCUGACUCCCUGCACCUACCCGUCUGGGUUGAUAACGAUGGCAACUGUGCCGCGUUGGCUGAGAGGAAGUUUGGCCACGGCAAGGGAGUGGAGAACUUUGCCACUGUCAUCACAGGAACAGGUAUUGGAGGAGGGAUCAUCCAUCAAAAUGAGCUGAUCCAUGGCAGUACCUUUUGCGCCGCAGAGCUGGGUCACAUCAUGGUUUCACUAGAUGGCCCUGAGUGCUCGUGUGGCAGCAGAGGAUGCAUAGAGGCCUACGCGUCUGGCAUGGCCCUGCAGAAAGAGGCCAAAAGGCUGCAUGACGAGGACCUGCUGGAGGUGGAGGGGAUGGAUAUGAAGCGCUCGGAGCCAGUCACUGCUGCCCACCUCAUCAAAGCAGCCAGACUGGGGAACUCCCAAGCUGACGCUGUUCUGAACAAGGCCUCCACAGCACUAGGUGUGGGCAUCAUCAACAUCCUCCACAUAGUAAACCCAACGUUGGUGAUUCUGUCCGGAGUCUUGGCCUCUUACUACCAGGACCCAGUGCAGCGUAUCAUCUCUGAGAGAGCCCUCUCCUCUGCCCAGAACAUCAAGGUUGUCACGUCAGACUUGGAGGAACCUGCUUUACUUGGAGCAGCUAGCAUGGUGUUAGACUAUGCAACCAGAAGGAUAUAUUGAAGGAUAUAGUCCUGAUUUACUAAGGACUUGUACCAACAAGCAGACUGCAAAACUGAAAGUAGUUGCUGUUUUGCCCAGAUAGAUACAUAAGCAUAUCUAGGGGAUACAUUUGUUUAAAGGCUAGACUGACAAUGCGUUCAAACGAUCAUGUUUUUACUAAGAGUUAAACAUUUUUUAAAAUGACUUUCUUUUUUUCUUGUUGAUUACCUCUAUAUAUCUUGCCUGAGAGAAUCAUGCCUUCACCAGGCCAUAUGGUGGCCAGAUUCCAACAUGGAUACGUCAUGUGUAAAAUGGGUCCUUUUGAUGGGCCAGCAAUUAAGCAUCAGCUUUUGAGUAAACAGCGAAGCCAAAAGUACCCAUACAGGGUAGGACUCAGCCUCUCUACUCUACUGCAGGUAAUGUGAUGUAGGUGGAAUGAAAAGUCUGUCAGUAUAGAAAGCUCAUUUCAGAUGUGACCAAAAUAUUACUGUAACAUUCUCCCGUACCUUCCUCUCAAUUCUCCAUAGUUGCUUACUGUCUCACAGUUCCUUAACACUUGUUCAACGUUUUCAUUUUCAAUUUUGAUCUGUUUUUGAGGUAUUACUUUUCCAUGUUUUGUUAUACGUUAAAUUAUUUGAGGUGUUUGAAGAAAAUGUUGUUGAUUUAAGAUGAAGGUUUAAGGAGUUGACAGUCUUGAAGGCUUUCGAGGUAAUAAAUGGUUAAUGAAAAGUAAUUAAAAUGUUAUACUGACCUAUAUUAACGAAAUGUUAAGGCAACAACUGCCUUAGCCUUGUAGCUGCUACAGUAUAAUGAGGCCUGUCAAUCUUUUGCCUGAAUCAGGUGAAUUUUACAUACAUACAGACUUUCUGAACUGUGAUUUGAAAGUGUUCUUCAUGCCUUCUAAAGAUGUAUUUUAUUUCAAAAAAUUUACAUGGUUUUUAUGUACUAUUACAUGCUGUAUUGUACAUUUCAUGGUAAUUGAAAUUUUUAGAUGUAUUUAAUUGUAGUUUUCUUUGUUUUUGUCCAAAUAAAUACACUUUAUUUAAGUCAAGGGAGGAAGACAUGGAUAUUC